AUGCAAGAUAUAUUGUUAAAAGUUGAAUUUGCUGAAGAAAUGAUUUUCUGCAAAUCAAUAGAAUCCACCACUACCGUCACUGAUAUAUAUGAUAAGCUAAAAAAUUUCUUGCAUGUCAACAAUAUACCAAUAAAGAACAUAACAUUUGGUGCUGCAGGUGGUGCUCCUGUUAUGAUCGACAAGAAAAAAAGCUGCUUAAAGUUGAUGAAAAAUGAGAAUCCAGAAAUGCUUCUUGUGCACUGUGUUGUUCAUAGAGAGAACUUAGCAUCCAAAAAUAUGUCUCCUGUUCUCAAUGAGGUACUAAAAUCAGUUAUAAAAUGUAUCAAUGCUAUCAAAGCUAAUGCCAAAUGUGAGCGUCUUUUCAAGCAGUUUUGUGAAAAUGCAGAUUAUGUGAGACUUUUAUUUCAAACUGAGGUGAGGAGGCUCUCAAAGAGAAAUUACUUGACAAGAUUUAUGGAACUAUUUGAUGUUCUUAGUGACUUUUUAAGUGACAAACCUGAAAUGAAGCGCACCUUCUAA